UUUCAACAUCAUCUCACUUUCUCUAUAAAUUACUUGCCCUCUUCCCUUUCAAUCUUAGCUUCACACAUAACUAGCAAAAACAGAUAGUAACCAGAAAAACAUGGAGGCAUUUCAGUCUUGGGUUUCAGAACACAAGCUCACUAACAUUGGUGCAGUUUGGGCAUCUGCAAUUGGGGCAUCGUUGGCUUAUAACAGCCGUGGAAAUAGCCCUCUUAAGCCAAGUCUGAGGCUUAUUCAUGCAAGGAUGCACUCACAAGCCUUAACACUGGCCGUGCUGUCUAGUGCAGCAGCUUACCAUUACUAUGAAAAAAGUACCAGUAACCAAGAGAAGGUCACCAAUGCCUAGACCAGAUUCAUAGCUCAUAAUAGCUAUAUUAUGUAACAUUGAAAUCUUGAUUAUUAGUGGUUUGAUGAUGAUGAAAAAAUCGAAAUUAAUGAUGUAUCCUUUCUUUCUUUUUUUCUGAAUGUGACCUUUGAUUGGUCUUUUAUCA